AUGAGAGCACCGGCAAUCACAACCAGUUGCAUUUUCUGGGUCGGAAUAUACAAAAAUUCUUGGACUAAAUUGGAACCCAAAAAUGACACACUCAGUUACCAAUAUCAGCCCAAUCCAGUGAAAUAUAGUAAGCGGGCUGUGUUGUCAGAGGUUGCGAGGAUUUACGAUCCUCUUGGUCUUCUGUCUCCAGUAAUGACCGAUCUAAAAAGACUAAUGAAAUAUCUGUGGCUGAUGAAAGUGAGCUGGGAUGAACCACUACCAGAAGAGGCAGUAGCUGCGUGGCUAAAAUAUCACCAAGAGUACCAUGUCAGCUGGGAAGCAGCUUAUGCUGCCGCAGUGUAUUUACGUCUAACAAUCGAGAACGAAGAACCGUAUUGUCACCUACUAAUGGGCAAAUCAAGGAUAGCACCGGUAGCAAAAGUAUCUAUACCACGAUUGGAGUUAUGUGAUGCUGGUCUUUUAGCACGUUUGUUGUCGUUCGUACAAACUAAUCAAACACUCAAAUUCGUAAAUGUAACUGCAUGA